AUGACCAACUCCUGCUGCUCCCCUUGCUGCCAGCCCAGCUGCUGUAGGACCUGCUUCCAGUCAAGCUGUGUGAGCAGCUGCUGCAGCACACCCUGCUGCCAGCCCUGCUGCUGUCCCUGCUGCUGCACACCCUGCUGCAAGCCCUGCUGUUGUGUGUCCAGUUGCUGUAAGCCCUGCUGCUGCAAGCCCUGCUGCCAACCCUGCUGCAAGCCCUGCUGCCCAUCCAGCUGUUGCCAGCCCUGCUGCAAGCCCUGCUGCUGCACACCCUGCUGCAAGCCCUGCUGCUGUGUGUCCAGCUGCUGCCAGCCCUGUUGCCAACCUUGCUGCAAGCCCAGCUGCUGCCAGCCCUGCUGUAAACCCUGCUGCCAGCCCAGCUGCUGCAAGCCCUGCUGUUGUAAGCCUUGCUGCCAGCCCUGCUGCACACCCUGCUGCAAGCCCUGCUGCUGUGUGUCCAGCUGCUGUAAGCCCUGCUGUAAACCCUGUUGCCAGCCCAGCUGCUGCCUCAAGCCCUGCUGCCAGCCCUUCUGCCUUGACCUGUGCUGCCAGCCAGCUUGCUCUGGACCUGUGACCGUCACCAGGACUUGCUACCAGCCCACAUGUGUCUGUGUGCCUGGCUGCCUGUCCCAAGGCUGCGGGUCUAGCUGCUGUGAGCCCUGCAGUUGUUGA